GCUCCCAUUGGCCGUGUGUUUGAUGAGGGGCUGGGUUUGGUGUGUAUCCUGCGGGUGUGGAGGCAGUGUGAGUGGAUGAAAGCUGACAGGAUGCAGCUUCUCCUCGGCGGCCCUCAUCCUCCCUCCAUCCUCCCGGCUGUGCGCGCUGCGUUGUGACGCCAGGCCGUUUGACGAGUGCAUUACGUGGGACUGGGAGAGCCACACACAGCCGCUUGGAUCCAGGUUAUGUAAUGCAUCGGAUGCUGCUGCACGCCACAGAGAAGUGAAGGGUUAAAACACAGACGGAUGGCUGAUUUAGACGCAGAACUCGGUGUGUUUGGUUAUUACUGAGCGUUCAGGCUGCUGCUGAUGCGAAGGAGGAUGAAAGCUGUGAAUCGAUAAAGUACCGUGUGUUCGAGCCCGUCUGGGCAUCAGUGGCCUAUCUCUCCCUGAGGUGCGCACGGACGUCUGGAGCCUGCGGAAGCUGCACUGCUUUCUUUUAUAGCAGAAUAAAGGCGCUUCUCCUGUUUGCAUUAAUCUGCUUUAUCAGUGGAAGUAAACCAAUGCGGCUUUGUUUUAGGGAAGAAGAACCACGGUCAGAUUUGUUCCCAAGACGCAGCGGUUCAACCCAGCAGCAGCAGCAGCAGCCACAGAGGUGUAGUGGUACAAACAAUGGCGGGUCCCGAGCAGUCCCAGCAGCAGCAGCAGGUGGAGGAGAAGGCAGAGCACAUAGAUGAUGCUGAGAUGGCCCUGCAGGGCAUCAACAUGCUGCUCAACAACGGAUUCAAGGAGAGCGACGAGCUCUUCAAGAGAUACAGGACCCAGAGUCCACUGAUGAGCUUCGGGGCCAGUUUUGUCAGUUUCCUGAACGCCAUGAUGACAUUUGAGGAGGAGAAGAUGCAGAUGGCCUGUGACGACCUGAGGACCACCGAGAAACUGUGUGAGAGCGACAGCGCCGGGGUCAUAGAGACAAUCAGGAACAAGAUAAAAAAAAGUAUGGACUCUCAGAGGUCGGGCGUCGUGGUCGUGGACCGCCUGCAGAGACAGAUUAUCGUUGCAGACUGUCAGGUGUACCUCGCCGUGCUCUCCUUCGUCAAGCAGGAACUUUCAGCUUACAUCAAAGGAGGCUGGAUUCUCCGUAAGGCGUGGAAAAUGUACAAUAAGUGCCACAGUGACAUCAGCCAGCUGCAGGAGACGUGUCAGCGGAGGUCCUCAGUCAAUCAGGAGUCCCUCACAGCCGACAACGCAAACCACAACGCACCAGCGGUGGAGAACGCCGUGACACCUGAGGCCCUGGACCGGCUCAAAGGCUCCGUCAGCUUCGGCUACGGCCUCUUCCACCUGUGCAUCUCCAUGGUACCUCCACACCUGCUCAAGAUCAUCAACCUCCUUGGCUUCCCUGGUGACCGGCUGCAGGGUCUGUCCUCUUUAAUGUAUGCCAGUGAGAGCAAGGAUAUGAAGGCACCACUAGCUACGUUGGCCCUCUUGUGGUACCACACAGUAGUGCUGCCUUUCUUUGCCCUGGAUGGCUCAGAUACGCAUGAAGGUCUGCUGGAGGCCAAAGCAAUCCUGCAGAGAAAGUCUGUGGUUUAUCCAAACUCAUCCCUCUUCAUGUUCUUCAAAGGACGGGUCCACAGGCUAGAGUGCCAUAUCAACAGUGCUCUGGCCUGUUUCCAUGAUGCAUUAGAGCUUGCAUCAGACCAAAGAGAGAUCCAGCAUGUGUGUCUGUAUGAGAUUGGUUGGUGCAGCAUGAUCGAGCUGAAUUUUGAAGAUGCAUUCAGGUCAUUUGAGAGGCUGAAGAAUGAGUCACGCUGGUCACAGUGCUACUAUGCCUACUUGACUGGAGUGUGUCAGGGUGCCUCAGGCGACCUGGACGGAGCCAGUGGAGUUUUCAAAGAUGUGCAGAAGCUGUUCAAGAGAAAAAACAACCAGAUAGAGCAGUUUGCUGUCAAAAGGGCUGAGAGAUUGCGAAAAACCUCACCCACCAGAGAGCUAUGCAUCCUGGGUGUGAUUGAAGUGCUCUAUCUGUGGAAAGCACUCCCAAACUGCUCCUCAUCUAAACUGCAGAUAAUGAACCAGGUGUUACAGAGUUUAGAUGAAGCUUCCUGCAGAGGCCUGAAACACCUCCUGCUCGGUGCCAUCCACAAAUGUCAUGGAAACAUGAGAGAUGCUAUCCAGGCGUUCCAGCUGGCUGCUAGAGAUGAUUACGGACGACAGAUCAACUCAUAUGUUCAGCCGUAUGCCGUCUAUGAGCUGGGAUGUUUACUCCUCGCAAAACCAGAGACGAUGGGGAAGGGGAGAUCGUUUCUUCUUCAAGCAAAGGAGGAUUUCACAGGCUAUGACUUUGAGAACAGGCUUCAUGUGCGCAUCCAUUCAGCCUUGGCCUCUUUGAAGGAAGUAGUGCCUCAGUGACUCCUUAAAGGAGGAGCUUCAACGGCCUAAGCUAUGCCUAUAGCUUUUUACACCAAGUUUAAAGACAUUCAAAAUAUCCGUAUGACAUCCCAGUGAACUGACGCCUGUGUUUUCAAUGUUACAGUACGCAGGGAAAUACAUUUGUUUGAUCGUUGUCCCCGAUCGGAUUGAUGUGAAGUUUCAUCUCUGUGCUUUUUGUAGAUAUGCUCUACAUGUGUAUCCUGUUAGCCUCGCAGAAAGUAGAUGGAAAUUGCUAGCCUCAAGAACUAUGCCUCAGCUAUAAUAUCAGUACAGACUUGUACUUUUUACAGUUCUGUUUUAUGGCAUGUUCAUAAGGAGUAUACUAUGUAAAGAUAUCUUUGGGGUUUCUACAUUGUACAUUUUCUAAAUGUCAGCCAGCUGUGACCACUUGCUUUUCGUACUAGCACUAAGCUAGGCUAACCCCCUAGCCUUGGAUGCACAGAGAUGAAGCUGAUUUAAGUCUGACUCUGGGCUCGAGUACAAACAAGCUUAUUUCACCAAAUGUCUAACUGUUCCUUUGAGUGUUUUCUGCACCCAAACAUAUUAGCUAGCUGGUAUCAAUUUUCCUCAUUAACUUGUGUAUUUGAAGGAUUUCAAUCAUACCACCCUCUCCCUUUGACUGUAUACAAUGAUGGAUGACAUGUUUCCACCUCCUUCUGUUGUACAAAAGUGAAGCCAAAAUUCCCCUGUGCUGACAUCUUGCUCUUUGGGCAAGAGCUGGCGUCCUGCCCCCUCAGCUGAAUAAAACACACAUUUGAAGUUCAGAUAAAGCAAAGAUCAUGUCGGUACAAUCGACAGCGUAACACUUCCUUGAGUCAGUUUGAAGCGGACACUCGUGGUCAUGGCUCAUGUGUUAGUUCUCCCAAAAAAACGAACACUUUGACAUAAAUCAGAACUUAGUAUAAUGCCAAAAAACAUAUAUCAGAAAAUGUAAGGAUGUGUAUUUUGAUAUUAGAGUCUGACAUGUCCCAAUUGUUAGGAGGCGGCUAAUGUAGCUGAUUCAUGUCCUUAAGUCAGAUUCAGCAAAGGCACACACAUCAGAAUAAACAGUGAGUCAUGUCUAAAGAAGACUGAAGAAUAUUGUUUUGACUGGAUGUUUUUAGUAUCCCUGUUACUCACUAUAGAUGUUUUGACUGGAGGAUCACAUCACAUUAAACUAAGACUACCUUAAAAAAAUUUUUAUUCUGAGAGCAUGACCAAACCCUCUGAAAGCCCAAAAUAUGCAGAAAUGAUGAGUCAGCAAAACAAAUCUUGCUUUGUCAUGUUUGGACUUUAUAACCUUUACUGCAGUCAGUCAGUAGGGGGAGCUCUCAAUGUUUUGGCUUCACUUUUAUGGAGCUGCUAUGUCAUCCAUUGUUAUAUACAGCGGGCCCUCUCUCCCCCCUCAGUUAACAGUUAUUUAACACAUUAAAGCACCUAGAUCAUAUCUCCCUCAGUAAUAGGGUCUUAACCAUGAGUAAUAUAUGAUACAGGUGGUAGAAUUUUUCACAUUCCUUAAAGAAAUGUAUGCAUAUCUGCUUGUUAAAUUGCAAAAGGGGCCACUUAUUACUUAUGUACUUGGGAAAAAUAGCAAACCUCUAGACUAAUCGUCAAAAAAAAUCACAAGUCACCUGGAAUCACUUUUAGUACCAACUAGGCUGCAGUGAGUGAGUUCACAUUAAUGUAGUAAGCAAUCCUUUAUUUAUAGAAAUUGGGAAAUCACCACACUUCUCAAUGCCCACAUGAUGUUUUAUAUGCAGAAACAUUGGGCAUUGAUUCUGUGCACUAUGCAUGGUAUGGCAGGGUAACAGCAGCAUUAAGACUGUCUACCUGUACGUCUGUCCCUGCAAAUACAUGGAGGUAUUAUAAAACAACAUUGGUACUGUAUGUUACCCUCAGAGGUGCUGCUAAAUGUCAGCCUAAUAAACAUAUAUUAAUCCUAGUUUAUUUUAAUAGUGUUUUAGUAAAACAUGCUUUUGAAUAACUCCAUCACAGCAAACUUUGAAUUUAUCACAAAACAAAAGUUGUGCAUUCACAGGAGUCAUUUUCAGAACGCUACUUUAGUUUGACUUUAGAAAUCCUGGGUUAGCCGGCAUUAUAGAGUACAGUGAUUCAAAAGUGUAAUCUUUGAUUGGACAGAGGACUUUGACUUUCUGAACGCUGUACAUAUGAACUUUUCUGUACAGAUUAUUGCCUUUUAUUAACUAUCAAUCUCAGUCUUUGUCAUGCGAGCAAUAUACGCAGAAAGAUACAGUGAUUUACAAAAGGCUCUCCACAAGGACUUUCUGUGUUUUCAUCCCACUUUGAGGUUGUUGAUUUGUUUUGCUCUCACUUAAAGCUGGUCAGAAAGAGCCAGUCAUCAUCCCCUGUGGCUGUUAUGGAUGUAAACUGUGGUAAAUGUUCAGGUGACCGCUGUGCAAGUGGUCUGUGCAGUGCAAGUAAAGUACCGGUGAAAUGUCAGUUACCCUCCUGAUGUACCAAAUACUUCUGUCACUGAAAGAAACUUUCUGUUUGUCAUGAGAUUUUGUUGGAAUUGAGAUAACAUGUCAGGAUUAUGGUGUUAAAAGUGUCACAUAACUCUACAAUAAAUUGUUCUCCAUUAAUCUAA